AUAAUAUCUAUCCUUUUAAAUAACUAUGAAUUAUUUGUUAAAUUCUAUGUAUGCUCAUGAAUGAUGAAAUAUGAAAAAAUACAACAUAUACUACAACAACGCUUCAAUUUCAAUGCAAAUAAUGAUCCUAACGGGAAUACUAACCAUGAUAUUAGCCAUAGUAAAGUUAAUAACUAAAAUAUAAAGAAAAGGAAGAGGAAGAAGAAAGAGUGAACCAAAAAAACAAAGAACAACUAUAAUAUCGGCGAAAAAGACAUCCAACAUCAAUAUCAGCACACCGUUGUAUAACGUAACCUGAAGAAAAAAAAAAAAAAAAAAAAAAAAACACAGGGAAAAGUUUGUAGUUUCCAUUUGGGAAAUCCCCAGCACGUGAAAGCCUCCUGGCACAAUAUGUUAAUGAUAAUACUUGAGUUGCUUCCUAAUAACCGUCGACACUCAUUAUUCAAGUCCAGCUCACUGUUACUGCUGACACAGAUAAUCAAGUCUGCGGUGGAAAAGGGAACGCUACUUCUCGUCUGUGAAAUGGCCUCGUUCGCAAUGCGCUUGUGUUUUGUUCUGGCUACUUCGAUGAUGACAAGCUUUGUUUGUGGAACACCCUUCAUUAAAGAAAAGCCUGACCUAUGUCCUGGGCUCAAAAUCCCGAAAAUACCUGGUCAUGAGAACCCUUGUCGCAAUGACUUCGACUGUCCAUUGGACCAAAAGUGCUGUUCUGUUGGAGCACCUGAAGCCAACGUUAGAAUAUGUGCAGACCCCUAUUUUGGUUCCCACCAAUGAAUGGCAACUGCCUUUGAAUUUAUAACAGAAAGCACGUCAUUAGUUCGGCCGAUGAAUUGAUUAGGCUAAAUAUAUAGAUACACCUAUAAUCAAGCAUAUUACCUACUUUUCUUCAAACUAAUGGAACAUGUGAGGUUAGAUAUGCGCUCCUAGUAUUUGUUUAUGUUGUUAAUGUUGAUGGCUACAAAUGUAUUAACUGAAUAAUAAAGUGCUAUGAUUGUUGCCUCCAUGUUUACUCCAAAACUGUUAUUUUUUUCAGAGCGCUGAAGAAAAUAAUAGAAAAACAAAAAGUUAUCAAGAUAAAUUCCAGAAAAUAUAAGCAAAUAAACUUAAAAGUUUAAUAUUUGCUAAUUAUGUCCGUUCGGCGUUACUAUAGCAACAGAAAUGCAUUUUUAAUGGAAUAAGGCGUCAUAUAUUUAUUAUCUUAUAUUGACGGGAGAAACGACAACAAAUUUGACUGAAGAAACGGUGUCGUAUUUGCUUAGUGACUUUCCGAGAAUAUAGAUAUUUUAAUUUUUCCUCGCGUGCUUAUCCAUGGCCCACUCUUUUCCCGAGGCGAAAUUACUCUUUAACAGGUUAGUAACAACUCUUGACAUGUAUAUAGGAAGGCGAUGAUAACUGACAAAUGAGAGGUUG